GGAUGUUCGCUGUGGGAAGUAAUGGCGGCCGGUGGCAGCUCCUCCUCCAUCCACUUCCUGCCGGGCCCUUGGAGGCCUAGUAGAGAGCGGGUCACUGUCCGCGACGUCGCGAAGUUUGGGUCUUGUCUUCUCUCUGUAUCGGAGGGCAGGCGGGGCCGGUGGGCCGAGCCUCCUGGCACCUGCCUGGCUUCGAAACCGUUUGCUCCGGAGCCGCCCCGACUCUAGUAGUGCCCGCCCCUCCCCGCCUCCGCCUUGGGCUUCUCUUCUCCCUAGGCGAACUGCCGCCCGGUGGGACCGCCCUCCCUGGCCCUUCCCGGCAUCCCCAGGAGCAGGCUGCCUUUGGUACUACCUGUACGGUCGUGAGCAUGCCCCUCAUUCCCCAGUCCUUGGCAGGGAGGCAGUUUUUGCCUUUGCUUGUGACCUCCCCGGCGCAUACUCAGCACCACGCCUGGCACACCGUAGGCGACUCAAGUGCUGGUUGAUGGACAAAUUGCUAUUAGGAGUUUCCCUUACUAAAUUCACGUGUCUCCUUGCAGUGUGGAGGUGGGCGUCCAGCCUUAACUAAAUGGUUCCUCGGUUGUUUUUUUUCGGGGUGGUGAAUUUCCCGGCCAUAACCACUCUAGAAGAGUAAAUCCCCAAGGGGGUUGCAUCUCACACCUAAGAAAGCAAAGAUUCUGAAAGUAUUGAAGUCCCCUAUUUGUCUAGCAACAGGAACAUUUAUCAGUUGAGAUGACAACUAUGGGGCCAGAGCAGAAGUCACUUCCUGUUCCACCUCCUCUAAGCUUCUCACCUGGGACACACUCUGGACUUCAACACCACCAAGUUCCACUUCACCUCCAUGAUCAUGAAUAUGAAAUUUUUAAUAUGAAAGAGGAGGCUACAUCAAAGCAAGAAAGGACUAAAGAAAGAAAGUCACAUGAAACAAUAUGGGAAAAAUUCUUAGGAGAAGCUCCUCAGAAACUAAAGUUUACAGAAGUCUUUGAAACACAGGACUGUCUAGAAAGACAGAAAGAUGCCUUUUGUAGAGCUAUCUUUUACAAGAUAACUCCUGGAGGAAAAAUAAGCCAUGAACAUAAAGAAUUUAAAAGAAACUUCCAGCUGAACUCAAAUGUUGACCUUCAGGGAAGUCAUAAAGGAGAGAGACCCCAUAAAUGUGACACAUGUGGCAAAAGCUUCAAAUAUCAAUCAGAUAUUAUUAAACACUUGAGAAUUCACACUGGAGAGAAGCCUUAUGAAUGUAAAGAAUGUGGAAAAUUCUUUAGCCAGAGCUCAGAUGUUGCCAAACAUCAGCGAAUUCAUACUGGGGAAAAACCCUAUGAAUGUAAUGAUUGUGGGAAAACUUUCAUUCAUAGCUCACAUGUUAUAAGGCAUCAAAGAAUUCAUAAUGGAGAAAAGCCCUAUCAAUGCAAUGAAUGUGGAAAAGCUUUUAGCCAGAGCUCAAACCUUAUUCGACAUCAGAAAAUUCAUACUGGAGAAAAACCCUAUGAAUGCAAUAAUUGUGGCAAAUAUUUUAAUCAGUUUUCAUUACUUAUUGAACAUGAGAGAAUUCAUACUGGAGAAAAACCAUAUCAGUGUAAGGAAUGUGGAAAAACAUUUAGUCACAGUUCAGAUGUUAUUAAACAUCAGAGAAUUCAUACUGGAGAGAAGCCCUAUAUAUGUCAUGAAUGUGGAAAAACCUUCAGUCGUAGCUCAGGUGUUAUUAAUCAUCAGAGAAUUCAUACCGGAGAAAAACCAUAUGUAUGUAAUGAAUGUGGAAAAGCUUUUAGAGGGUGGUCAGGCUUUGUUCAACAUCAGAGAACUCACUCCGGAGAAAAACCUUACAAAUGCAAUGAAUGUGGAAAAGCUUUUAUUCGGAGCACCCAGCUUAUCAAGCAUCAGAGAAUUCAUACUAAAGAGCAUAUUCCAGAGAAUAAACCAGUUGAUAUAAUAAAAACAGAAAAAGGAGACUAUGUGAGAGCAAAGAAUCCAGUUUAAAGCAGCUCUUCAAAAGUUUGUUGGCCCUUGGAGGUCAGGCAUUUAAUAUGCAUUACACUGCACCUAGCCUACCAUCUCAUAAACUAAAUAAAUGAUUAUUGGUUCAUUGUUCUAAUAACUUUUGUGGCUGCUUCACCUCAUCCCAACCCCACUAUCAGAUGCAAGGAGUACCAAGAGAAUAUAGUAGGUGCCAAAAGGCAAAGAUAUCUGAAGAGGAAGUAGUUGUUGAAUGUCAGAGAAGAGAAGUCAAGAUGGAUGAGCACUGAAUAAAAACCAUGGCAUUUAGCGUAAAGAAAGAUCAGGGGGAAAACCAUUAAGUGCCUACUAUAUUAUUAGGGGUAAAAUAGAUAUUGGGGUUUGGUAAGUUAGUGACAGGAGUGUGAAUCCUGUCAGGCUGCCUUGGGUAGAACCUUGAGCUAAGGUCUUGCUUAGGAAUCUGUGAGAGGUGACGAGUUAGAAGUUCUGUUAAACUCAACUAUCUCUCUCUCUGCUGGUGUUCCCUGCCCAGAGAGGAGGCUAAAACUUUAGCUCUUAGGAAUUCCUUGAUCCGGAGUGACAGUGUGGAAGGAAGAGAAAGUUGGGAAUUUUGGGAAGAGCUGUGAAAGGAAGAUCAACAGUUAUUAGAAGAAAAUCUGGUUUUUGUUCCUCUGUGGUUACAGAGUGGAACAGGCUUGGCUUGACCUUCCAGUCCAGAAGCCACUAGGCCACAAAACCCUGACUGACUGGAAGUUGGAGAAUUGAACUGAACAACUACAAGGAGGCAGUAACUUUAUAAUAUAUAAUAAUGAGAAGAAGAAAUAGGGUUAGAAAGUUGGAUAUUGGGGUUUUUUAAAUAGUUUUAAGGAGUUAGUAUAGGCUUAAUUUAGGCUGAAGAAACUUCAUGAGAAGUCAUAUAAGUGGGAGUGGGAAUAAACUAGUAAUCCCUUUAUUCCAUCCUUAACUUUCCUUCAACCUUUUAAAUCCUUAUAAACCUUAAUAAAUAGAGUUUUGUUUUUA